CAGAUCAGAAGAAAAGCCCAAUGGACUUGCCUGAAGAAGUUGCGUCAGCCACCUCCUCCGCCGGCGACCAUAACCAAACACGGCGGAUAAUCUGCACCACCGGCUGCGGCCGCCCCGUAAACGUGUGCCUUUGCCACACCCUCCCGUCAACUCCCAUCCCCACGGCCGCAAAAAUCGUGAUCCUCCACCAUCCACAUGAGCGCCGCCACAAGCUUGCCACCGUGCCCCUCCUAUCCAGAUGCCUCCUGAACUGCGAAAUUAUUGUCGGACGUAAGCUGAAAUACGGUCAAUCGAAGCUUCUCGAUUCUCUCCAUGAUCAAGCUUGUGAAAACCCCAAUUUGCCUCUUGGUCGAGCUCUUUAUCUCUUCCCUGGUCCAAAUGCCUUGCCAUUUGCUGAAGUUAAUCGGUUUGGUUCCUCUUGUGAUUUCAUUGGCAUGGAUGAUUUCGUUCUGAUUCUUUUUGAUGGAACAUGGAAGCAUGCCAAGGAAAUGGUGCUUGCAAGUUUACCAUUUUUAUCCAAGUUUGCCAUUCAAGUUUGUUUAGAUUUUGAUGCUGGGGUUGAUGGUGGUACUAUUUUUGACUCGGACUUGAUUCUGAGGAAAGAACCAUUUGCUGGAUGUAUGAGUACAAUGGAGGCAGUUGCCAGGUGUUUACGAGUCCUCGAGCCUAAUGGUAUUGAUAUUGAGACAAGGAUAAUUGAGGUUUUGAAAGCUAUGGUUAGUUUUCAGGCUUGCUUCUUGAAGCCCAUGAAGCCUAGACCAAGAUUAAUGAAAACUAGUACGGGAAGAAAUGACAAGAGCGAUAGCACUGACUCGGUCUGUUAAUGAUAUUCAAGUUUCUUACCAAGUCCUUUUUGUUAACAAUUUGUAGUUCUCCAAAAAAAAAAUGCAGGUACCAGUUUAAUAACCUGUUCUUUACCAUAAUGUUAAAAUAUUAUUUUUUUGGUGA